GGCCCAAGGCAUCCCUUCGUAACCACACUAUUGCCUGCUGGAGAAUUCUGCAGAACAGAAGGCAACGGGCAGGAAGCAAAGAUGAUCUCCUUCAAGCAACUGCCUCUUGAAGCAAAGGCUGCAGUGGCUGCAGGAGUGGUAUUCUUCUCCAUGAUGCUAUCACGGAGUUACCUGGCAGAACAACUCGAGCUCAGGAUGCGGCGCUGGCUACUAAGGCUGCAGAUGGCACUAUUUGCUAAUGCGCUUAUGUUGAUAGGAUCUCUUCAUGUUUGGAGGAGCACAGUCACCACGUUCUCCAGGUCUUCAGCUGUCAGCUCCUUCUGUUUCGUGCCGUGGAAAAUAGCUGUCUUCAUGUUUCUAGCUUUGGCUCAUUCAAGCUUCUUUACAUUGCUAUUUCUCGUUGCGGAAGAGCCCUAUUUCUUUUCUUUAGCUGCGUACACCUGCUUGGGGGCAUAUAUCCUUCUUAUCUUCUUCCUCUUCGCUCUAGGCUCUGUAGAGCAGGCUUACAAGCUCUUGACUGGGAGAGGCGCUAAGGCAGGUGCUGGCAACAAGAACAGCAGAACAGCGAUGAAACCGGUUUUGGCAGUCAUGCUGACUGUUGUGCUGACUGUUGUGGGGCUGUUAAAUGCUUCCCGGCCUCCCACUGUGAAUUCAGUGGAGAUUCCUGUUCACAAGCUGCCCUCAACAAUGAAUAAUCUGAAAGUUGUGUUGCUUUCAGAUAUCCAUCUGGGACCUACAGUUGGGAAGACCAAGCUUGCUAUGAUCGUGAGAAUGGUUAAGGCUUUGAAACCAGAUAUCACUGUGAUUGUUGGGGACCUGACGGACUCUGAGGCAGAGAUCAUACGACCUGCUGUUGAGCCUCUUGGAGAACUUUACUCCCCUCUGGGGACUUACUUUGUCACAGGAAACCAUGAGUACUACACAUCAGAUGUUAGCAACUGGUUUGAGCUGUUAAAAUCAUUUAACAUUCGGCCACUCCAUAAUGAGAAUGUGAAGAUUGUUUCACCGAAGAGCACUGAUGAUUGGUUCUGCCUGGCUGGCGUUGACGAUAUUGAAGCAGAUGUAUUGCGCUACUCAGGACAUGGCAUGGAUUUAAAAAAAGCUCUCAGAGAUUGUAGCAGUGAGCAUGCAAUAGUGCUGCUAGCUCAUCAGCCAGUUGCUGCAAAGUGGGCCCUUCAGGAGAGGCCAGACAUAAAUUUAAUUCUCUCUGGCCAUACUCAUGGAGGACAGAUGUUCCCACUAAAUGCUGGGGCUUAUUUUCUGAAUCCCUUCUUUGUUGGCUUGUACAAAGUUGGGCAGAACACCUUUGUCUAUGUCAGCCCCGGGACGAUGUACUUUGGAAUACCCAUGAGGCUGGGCAGCAGAGCUGAAAUAACGGAGAUAAUACUACGUUCUCCUUGA